AUGCCAUUUCAAGGGGGCUUCUACUACCCCUACAGGACCCAAGGGGCCCAUUCUUCAGCCGGGAUCCCGUCCCUGCUUAAUUCUCCAUACAGCCAGCAGUCUGUGAAAGGUCAUUGUGCUCCAGGUAUGACUCCUUCCAGCGGCAUCUCCACGGCUCCCCUCUUCAGGUUUCAGCAGCGGAGGGAAUGUGUGGACUGGAGACGUAUAAAUGCCUUGGACAUCGACACGGUGGUCAGUCAGAUAGAUGUGGGGGUUCUUCAAGAGUACGUCGGUGCUGUCACAUACUGCAGCCUGGAUGGCGAGCGCUGCCCUCGGUGCCAGAGCGCAGUAGACCCGGCUCUGAUCAAGCUUAUUCGCCUGGCGCAGCUCAUUGUGGAGUACCUGCAUCACUGCCAGGAGUUACUGACAUUGGAGGUGCAUGGGAUGGAGGAAAAGCUCGCAACUGCUGAUAAAGAACGUGUGCAGAUGCUAGCUGAGCAAAAGGAAAAAGAAGAACAGAUGAAGACGCUGAAUGAAGAGUUAAAACAGAGAAAGAAGAUUAUUCGCACCCAGCAGAGGCUUCUUUCCCCAAACAUCAACAGUUAUAAGUGUCCACUUUGUGAAAAAUCUUUUCUUAAUGCUACUUUCCUCCAAAAUCAUCUACAAAGACGCCAUCAGGAAGAGUAUGAAGCCAGAUUCAAAUCUAAUUGUGAGACGAAAUCAGAAAUUGACUCCCUCAAAUCAGAGAUCACAGCUUUAAAGGAGCAGAUAGUUCAACAGCAACAGGCCCUGCAAACAAAAAUAGCACAGGAAAAAGAGCAGGAGUCCUUGCAUAGAGAUCACCUCUAUGCAAGAGAUCGCAAACUCCACUCAGAAAGGCCCUGUUACGAGCGGGAUUCAAACCCAGGACCUUCUUGCUGA